AGUACUUAGCCGCUCAUUUCAGACCGCGAGAGCGAUACGUCUUGUAAAAGGAAAAGCUGUUUUAGUUUUGGUUCGCGGACCGGAACUUAAAAUUAGGGACCGCGCCCAAGGAGCUGGAGUGUCGGUCGUGCGGUUGUCACAACUCUCGCAGCGCCUUCGGUGCUAGGACGACGCGCUUCACCGCUGAAACCGAUUCGAAAGACCGGCGCCGCCGCCGAGAGGGUAAACCUCAAGAUCGACGGACAUCAACAGUAGGCAGCCUCAACUGGUGCCUCCUUGCCUCAUCGUCAUCUUGGGGAACAAAGCGAGCUCCUUGUCUGCAGUCGUGGAGCAACGCGGAAGCCAUUACACACGAAGUGCUGCGCGUUGAGAAUAAAGCCGCAAGAUAGCGUAGCAGGAGCAGUGCCGUGUAGUUCUCCUAGCGAUUAGUUGUAUCAUUACAUCGACGUCGCGCUUCUAUUGCUCCUAGACAGCUUCCACCUCUACACUCCCGAGGUAGAGUUGAUCAACGUCUUCCUGCAGCUGCUUUUUCGAGGCGACACCCACCCCGUGGAAUCCGCCCAACAUGGCGACUAUGCUGGGGGACUACCCGUUCCCAAAGCGCCAGGACACCAUGUUCCUUGACACAAUACAUCCAAAAGACGUGCCGCUGGGCCAUGUCUACCCGCAAAAGGAGGAAGAUUUCUCCUUGAAGACCGACGACAUAUUCAAGGCGCAGCCCUACUUCCACACCCACAACUUCAGAAAUAUGAGAAAACCGGAAUGGGGUAUAGUUCAUACGGUUUUAUAUGUUUCCUUUGCUUUACAAGUUAGGUGUAGAUGAUGUAUGAAGGUACUAGAGCUUUGCAGAAGAAUGACAAGUUGAUGCAGGAUCACGUACUACAGGAGCGCGAAUCAUUUCUAUGUCUAAAAAAAUCGCAUCACAGACCACGGCAUGCGAGCAACGACCUGUUACCCAAAUCCACUACGAAGACCGCGAGAUUUGUCACUCACGGUUUACGACAUCGAAGGCGCGAGACCCGCAAAAACACAGGUUUGCGUUCUUGCGCAUUCAUGCAGCACGACAGGAAAUUUCUCUCUUACCGGAAUCGCAUGCGAAAUCGCAUGACAACUAUCAAAAAUUGUUGUUGAUUUUUCCUGAAUAAAAAUGAUGCAAAACCUCACAGAUCUUCAAGGGCCAGAGGCACGUAGACCCAUUAGCACCGGUGUACCAACUCCCUUCUUGUCAAAUGCAGAAACCGCUUUCGCCAAGUAUAAUCCGCUCAGGCGUUACAAUCUCAAGCGUUACAAUAGAGUCUGAGAUUUGUCUUGCAUGAUGAGCAUGAUCCAGCCAACUCUCAUAGGGUUGCGCAUGACAAGUUCCGGAGCUCCAAACCCCACUACAUUCUGUCGAAAUUUGUAUUGCGAAAGGUGGAACGCUGUGCGAGUCUGUCAUGCCCAUCAUGCAACACAACUUCCAGAUUCUAUUGUAACGUUUGAGAUUGUAACGUUUGAGCAGGUCAUACCAAGGAGAUUUAGCGGGAGACAUACCAACGACAUUUCGGACAUCGAGUACACUGCCCGUGAUUUUCUUGGUUUUAUUGCUAUUUGGUAUUCGUAUUUGUGAUGCUCGUGCUCCAGCUCCUGCUGCUGCUGCUGCUGCAUGAAAAGACGUACUUAGGUCGCACCCAGACUGUGCAUGGCAAAAAAUUUUGAAGAAACCCACUUAUACUAACUCAGGUUGACCAGCAGCAAAAUCAUCAUGCCCGACCGCAAUUACGUCAGGGAUCCGAACGACGCGAGUGACAUAGAGUACACCUGUCCCAACUACAAGGGCCGGGUAAUUCUCCCGUCUAGGACGAACAGCCAUCUAUGAAAUGCAAAAGUACUAUCGCACUCGUACAAGUAUCGCAAUCGUGCAUGGAUAUGAAAGACGAUUUGUCAAAAAUGAUAAACCUGCUUUCUAGAAGUACCUGAAUUCGCAUGAGAAAUUCCAAAUCUAUGUAUUAUUGACAAAAUGUGUCAUGGAUGCGGUAGCUCGUACUAGGUAGUGCGAUCAUGAUACUUUCGCAAUGCAUACCAUCCGGACCCGCACAACUCGCUCGCGAUUGGUGACAUUAACGGCCCGAAAAGGAAUAUGAAAGCCUCAGGUUGGAAAUCCUCAAAGUGGAGAUAAUUUGUAAUGCAAAAAAACGACUCCAGUUGAAGCGCCAUUUGUAGUCGGCGCAUGACAAAUUUCCCGGGCACUCAAAACGUGUCUGUCAUGCUAGUUGGGCAAAGAGCUGCCCUUCUUUCGUGCUAAUCAGCAGCCCAAGUCUGAACCCCUAGAAGCACAAUAGUCGGCCUCCAUGGCGUUCUCUGCAAUACAGUCUUUUUGGUGUCGCAUUUCAUGCAUCACAAAUCAUUUCCACUUUGAGAAUUUCCAUUCUGAGGCUUUCAUAAGGAAAAUUCCGUUUCGGGAAACGAACCCGGUGGACCCCGAGUAUUACGUCUCCCAGGCCACCACCACAUAUGCAUUGCAAAAGUAUCGUACGAGUAUAAGUUGCAUUACAAAUUAUGCUGAUUCACCCUGAGAAAGAGAUUUGUCAUGCAUAAACGCAAUUACUACGAGUGCGAUACUUUUGCACAGGAUACCACAAGCCUGUACGCAAAUUGGAACGAGGAAACAGGUAAUCGUUAUUGGUGAUGUCGCGAAGACUAGAUUUGCUUUUGUGAUGCGUAGUGGCGGUAACGACGUGCUGCGCAACGUGCAUCAUAAGUAAAUAUGUUGUUGUUGUAUGAGAUGAACUACGAUUUUGGAGGACUGACUACUGCAACACAAGGUCUCUACCACCCACAAGCGCGGCCGAGAACAAUAGGAGUCGUUCCGGGAAGCAAACCGAGGAAACUACAGUGGAGCAACAGCGAGCCACAAUUGAGCUUAGUCAAGGAGGAUAUUGCAGGUAUUCGUAUUGAAUUUGACAAAGCAAGGUAGUAGGUCCUGGUAAUGCACUGCCACAAGUCUCGUCUGGGUCUUUCGUCGUUGUCAUGCCGUUCUUGCCAAAGCCACCUAGCAGAGAAAUGUAUGAUAAACGAAUUCUCUUCUAAGGUGCGAACUCGCAGAGGUGGUGCGGCGAGCGACCCAUUCACGUCUAUGACGAUAUGACGACAAAACCGCCCAUCUUCUUCCACGACCCAUUUGACAUCCCGGGGGCACAGGUAACCAUGGGACUUGUUGUGCAGGAAGUUGUGAUUGCGUGGUUCUUCAUUCAUUCUUCGUGCAAGGCGAAAAAUUGCAUAAAGGUUCCCUUUUGUUUUGCAUCAAAGUUCGGUCGACGGUUCUGAAACAAAGCGAAAGCUGGACUCUCUCGAAUAAUAUCGAACAAAACGGGACUUAACACACAGGUAAGCAGUUUGAAAAAGGGUUUGGUCACGAGCCGGUUCACGAAUCCCAUCACACCCGCCUACACGCUCCUCGACGGAAAGAAGGACGUCCUGCCAAAAUACGUCCCAAGACAGUCCGCGGACGCUAGGCUUCCCGCGACCGGGACCUCCGCACCGUUAUCUGCCACAGCAGCCUCCGCGUUGCCGACGCCGCAGGGGAAAAGUGCGAGCUUUUCGGCGGACAAGGAAAACAUGCCCCCGAUGCCCAUGCCGGGGAACAACACCAAUGUGAACUCGCAGACCAUGAAAAUGCCUAUGCCCCCCGCUUCGGGCGGAACCGCGGCACAGCAACUGGGGCAGUUUGUGGACGGUUGAGAUCAUAUGAAAUUAGAGAACGGUACUAGGAAUGCAGUAUCUGUACGGAAGGAACUACUGCGAAAGCGAAAUGUUUCUCAAUUAAUAGUAUAGUGAGAUUUAUUCAAAAUGAACUUUUUACAGUUUCAUCCUGUAAUUGUGCAAAAACUUCUAUCAAAAUGACCUGACCACUGGUGUCACCUGUGAAUGUAAAUUACCUUUCAAACAAUCGCCAAUGACCCGUAAAAAGAACUAUUCGCUAGAAGCUCAAUUCGUAUUUCAGAAGCUUUGAAUGAUAUCCGGUGAAGUUGUUGUGCUACAUCGAAGAAACGAACCGACUGUCGAAUUCGGGAUACACCCCUCCAGAACUCCUUAAUUUUACACCAAAACUAAAGCUAUGUGUGUGCUGCAGACGUCGUUGUGACGUAAUGCGGGCAUGAUCGGGGCGUCCGUUUCACUUGUAGCAGCAGUCCCGAGCAGCAGUCGUGAUUACAUUGUAGAAUCAGACGAGAACUGAACUGUAGCUAAACCUUUGCACCGAACAAAUGAACAGCGAAUGAUAUUUGUUAUGCUAGCUUGAUAAGAUACGGAACUACCACUACAUGCCUCGUAGUUUAUCUCCUGACCUGUUGCCUCCUCCUGUAUCACACCACUGAAAAUUCCUACUUUCACCGUGCUGUGACAGUGGCGCUCGCGCACUGCAUAAAAUACCCUUCAUCUACUUAACUCGAACUCCUCCUCCUGUGUCUCCGAGGUUUGUUUGCCGUCCCGCCUGACAGCCUGAAAACUAUCCCUGAACCUCCUGCUGGUGAACUCUAAAAUAGAAAGAUACUAAACUACGGCAGUGUUGCUCACUCCGUACCGGGUCCCGUGCGAGCAACCGUAGCCAGCGGAGUGGAGAGGGAAACCACUGCUCAGACGUUACCGGAGAAAUUUGGUAACGAUUGGAUCCCGGGAGCGCACCCACAGAACUUGCCCAUGGACCUGUGAAGAACACGACGGCAGCGAUCUCCGAUCAUUCUCGUCAUCACUCCGAUCUGAAGUUGCUCUUGUGAUCUUUAUGAGUUUACGGCUAAGAUUAUGCGUUCAAAAAAAAAAAAAAAGAAAGAUACUAGACUAAGCCUGCCGCCCACCGUGCUAGGCGCGGCUAUCCUGGUGCGCA